AUGUCAAACACCAACAACCCCUACCGCUGCAUUGGCAAGGGUUUUUGCGGCAGCGUCUGGGCUGCUGAAGAUGGCACGAAUCAUGCCAUCAAACGCGAAGAUGGAGGACCCGGACGAUCUGUCACAAAUGACUACAACAUGCAUCUGCAAAUCAUUCGGAGCGCAAACCAACAUCGUCCUUCAAUGCCUCUGGCCAUACCACAGUGUCAGUCGUUGAUAUACUCGAACAAUAUGUGGUGGAUCGAAAACCUCCACCGCUUCCCUGCCGGCUUCACAGAGUGUAGAGCGCUCAUAUCGGAACGCAUCCCCAAGAUACCUCGAUCUAUCAGCGACAAGAUCGUAGACCUGUUCUGCGCAGACAACACGCCACUCUCGGCUUUUGUGAAAGGGAAUGAAGACGACGACUGCUGUCUUAUUCGUCCCUACUUGGGGCGACGAAGAGAGCGCGAAGCAACAAACACAUCGCGCUUCCAGCGGUUCAGUCUCAGGAACGUUCCAUUACAUAUCAAUCAGAUGGAAGACCUCGGCCUUGAUUACGUCGCCUACGCGCAGACUAUGGCGGAUGCGCUUGCUAUGAUGCACUGGGGCGCCAAAGUCGAUGCCAAUGACGUCGAGUUCGUGCUUGCACCUCCGCGAGCCUCAUCAACACGAACAUCAUUCCCAUCACACUAUCUUGGCAAACACGUCAUGUGGAUUUUAGACUUUGACUGUGUGAGACACAUGUCUAUGGACGAAGCUGGGCUGAAGCAGGCGUGCGCAGCGUUUAUGAGGAAUGACCCUUUCUACCCACGGCCGGACAGCACUGAGACUGCUGACGGAGCGUUAUGGUGGUUCUUUAGACAGAGGUUUUUAGCGACUAGUGCGGAGAUAUUGGGAGAUGGGUGCCCACAUGCGGGUUUGCCACGGAGACUGAUGGAGAUGAUUGAGGAAGAGGGCUGCAAGCGACGGAAGAAGAAAAAAGAGCUCCAAGAGCGGGAUGAAGAUACGGAACAGGACUAG